AUGUCUGAAUUUACAACUCGAAAUGUUGGUACUCCAAAUACCUUAGAACACCGUAUCUUUAUUGAAAGAAAUGGCCAAAUCGUUUCUCCCUGGCAUGAUAUUCCUUUGUUUGCAAAUGAGAACAAAUCCAUUUUGAAUUUUAUCGUGGAAAUUCCCAGGUGGACAAACGCUAAAAUGGAGAUUUCUAAGGAAGAACUACUCAAUCCAAUAAAGCAAGACAUUAAGAAGGGUAAACUUCGUUACGUCCGCAAUUGCUUCCCUCACCAUGGUUAUAUCUGGAAUUAUGGUGCUUUCCCCCAGACAUGGGAAGAUCCUACGCAAACUCAUGCUGAAACCAAGGCAAAAGGUGAUAAUGAUCCACUUGAUGUUUGUGAAAUUGGCGAACAAGUCGGUUAUACCGGCCAAAUCAAGCAAGUAAAGGUACUCGGAAUAAUGGCUCUUUUGGAUGAGGGUGAAACCGAUUGGAAAGUUAUUGUUAUCGAUGUCAAUGAUCCUUUGGCAAAUAGGUUGAAUGACAUUGAAGAUGUUGAGAGGCAUUUGCCUGGCCUCAUUCGUGCAACCAAUGAAUGGUUUCGUAUUUAUAAAAUUCCAGAUGGAAAACCUGAAAAUCAAUUCGCCUUUAGCGGCGAAGCCAAAAAUAAGAAAUAUGCCACUGAAAUUAUUCAUGAAACGCAUGAAGCCUGGCGUCGUUUAAUCACUGGACAAAUCCCAAAUAAGACUGAUAAAUACGAAAUUUGCAUUAAUAAUUUGACAAUCGAGGGGAGCCCUUGUCGAAUAACAGUAGAUGAUCCACUUUAUCAAUCUAUUCCUCCUGAUUCAAGAAAACAACCUGCUCCAAUUGAUCCUUCAAGUAAAAUUUUUUCAAUUGAAUAA